AUGGCCAGCUCAGGCUCGGACCUGCUCCUCGGCUCCUUCGAUCCCUCAAAACUCCAUCCACUGGCUGGCAUAGAAGACAAGCUCGACUACCUCCAGCUGGAUGAUGACAAAACAAGUGACCUUCCAGGAGCUGGGGGCGCGAUUCCCUCGCGGGGCUGGAGUGAUGACUUGUGUUAUGGCACGGGAACGAUGUAUCUCAGCGGGCUCGCCCUUGGCGGCGUGUGGGGACUGCGCGAGGGCGCACGUAGACCCCUGGCGGUGUCCAAUGCCAGGCUAAGGAUCAACAGCAUCCUCAACUCGGUCACCCGUCGAGGCACAUUCAUAGGGAACUCUGCCGGCUGUCUCGCUCUCGUCUACAACGCCUUUAAUUCCUCAAUAGACCAUUUCCGUGGCAUGCACGACACAUACGGAAGCAUGGCUGCUGGCGCACUUACUGGCGCGUUAUAUAAGUCAACCGCCGGUGUGAAGCCCGCCCUUGCCGCGGCAACUUUCAUCUCAGGACUCGCCGGGUUGUGGAGUUAUGUUAAGACCGCAGUCUAG